AUGACUACAUUUAAGUUUUGUCGUGAUUGUAACAAUAUGCUUUAUCCAAGAGAGGAUAGAGAAAAUAUGAGAUUGCUAUUCGAAUGUAGAACUUGUUCUUAUGUUGAAGAAGCUGGUACUCCAUUAGUUUAUAGACAUGAAUUGAUUACAAACAUUGGUGAAACUGCAGGUGUGGUUCAAGAUAUUGGUUCAGAUCCUACUCUACCGAGAUCAGACAGAGAGUGUCCUAAAUGUCAUGGUAAGGAUAAUUGUUUUUUUCAAUCACAACAAAGAAGAAAGGACACAUCUAUGGUGCUGUUUUUUGUCUGUUUGAGUUGUUCACAUAUAUUCACUUCAGAUCAAAAGAAUAAAAGAACACAAUUCUCAUGA